AUGGCCCUCCCAUCCCUAUCAACCCUCCCCUACCUCGCCCCCAUCUCAAUGGCCCUCUCCUUCAUCCUCGCCCUCCUCUUCAUAACAACCCACCACCUCUUCUACACCCACCUCGCCUCCCGCCCCACCUCCAGCGGACCUUUCUUCUCCCCCUCCUCCCCGAUCUCGAAACAAGAAGCGAAUAUAGCCCUCGGCACCGCGCUCGCUUUCCUGGUGAAAGCGUGUCUGGUGUACGCGGUCGGGGUGGGUGGGUGUCAGGUUUUCUGGCGGGAGGUUGGGAUGCCUGUGUCGAGCAGAAGAGACAGAAAGGAAGGUGGGAAAGAUGAGGAGGGUGGGUUUGGUGGAGGGGUGAAGUUGGAGAGGUUGGACGCGAUGCACUCGGUCUUUAACAGCGUGUUGGGGGUCGGGGAUGUGAGGUUGUGGUGGCGGGUGCCGGCGCUUGUUGGGGUGGCUUGGUGUGCGUGGCUUAUUCCCAUCGCCUCGAUCAUAACCCCAGCUACGCUUUCGAUCCAGACCGCUGCCGUCACUCCGGAGCCCUCGAAGCUGAUGCGAGUGCCGAACCUGGAUUUUAGGAGUCUGAACUUCGUGGCUUCGUUGCCGUAUAUGCAUACGUUCAGCCCAGUUGCUCCGACAAACGUUGGGACGUACCUGUACAACGGGCCCAGCCAGGACGUCCUGGAAAUCGCGAACGCCGUGAUGUCCGGCGGUAAGAUCUUGCGGAUCGACUCACCGGCUCCGAAUGCGAGUUGGACGGUGGACUUCACCGGGCCGGCUUUGAAGUGCAGUGAGCUGAACGAGACAGCGCAUAAGCUUUUUCAGCGGAACAUUGUUGCGGGCACGCUGAAUGGCAACGUCGCAACCAACACGAUGCUGUACGGCUACCUCGCCUGGAACGCUCAUAUGGGAUGGUUCAGAGACGAGUCGCUUGUUGGACCGCCCUUUCUCGCUGAAUCGGAGCAUGACAGGAUAGCUUUUGCGCCUGGUCAGUUUCCUGGCUCGACGCUCGACGGCAAUAUCACCUUUUAUAUGGUCGCCAUGCCGGAUGUCUUCGGCGCUAGUCAGUCGGCGGUACACAGUUUACAGAGCCCCGGCUCCCCGUAUCCAAGCUGGAUUGAUGGCACAAUGAUUGAGUGCACGCUAUAUAGCUCAGAGUACCAGGUAGCGUUCCAGUAUACCGAUGGCGGGCAGGAGGUGGCGAUUGAGCAUCCAUCGUCGGGAGAAGAUGAGGUGGUGAAGGUCAUGUCAACACUGCUUGGUCCGAACGCAGACACACAGGAACCCGACGGCUGCGCGACUGGAAAUGUCUCCGCAUCGAUGGAGGAGGGUUGCUACACCAAGCCAAAAGUGCUGUCGACGUUUUCCUACCAGGCGGUUAUGGACGCUUUCACCUCGAACCUGAUCGGCGCGGUGUCUAUCGACGGACACAGCGUAUUGCAGCGCAAUUCCAGCGUCCUCAGCACUUCGCUCUUGCGGACAAAAGAGUUGGAUUUUCUGCGAGCCACAGCCGAGGUGAUGGUGUUCGGGAACGAGACUCUUCAGGCGCAAAUUGCGGACUCGUCGCAACCGAAGACACAGGGUCUGCUGAAAGAUGAGGAUGAUGUUUCGUCGCAGCCGCUGGCGGUGGCGAUUGAGCAGAUGUUUGAGAACUUGACGAUUAGCCUGAUGAGUUCCGGGGCGCUGCAGCCGAACUACUCAUCCGCAUACGCACCGUCGCCAGUCAAAGUAACCCUGCCAGCCUUCCAAAACAUCUACGUCUACUCAGCCCUGAAGCUGUGGAUCGCAUACGGCGCAGCAGUCGGCCUCGCUGCUUUAGCCGCCGCGAUCGGCUGCGUGACGAUGUUUCUGAAUGGCGCCUGCUAUAGCAACAACUUCUCCACCAUCUUCCGAGCUGCCCGUGGUGCGGAAAUCGAUCAUGAGGUCCGGGAGGAGGACCUGAAGGGCCAGGAUCCGCUGCCGAAGUAUCUUGCAGAAGCGCGGGUGCGGUUCGAUAUGGUGGCUAUUAAGGAGGAUGACCAGGAGCUUUUGCGGUAUCGACGGCAGGAUUCGAGGUUCAAGAAGGGCACGACUGCAUCGGUGAGGUACCUCAGCAUUAGUCCAGAUUCUUUGGAUAGAUAA